GUUGGUUCAUGUAAUGGAUUGGUAUGCUUAGCUCUUUCUGAUAAGUUCAUCAGCGAGCGCUACCGAGUGAAAUGUUUGUCUCUCACUAACGAAAAUGAUUUGGUCCUCUGGAAUCCAUCAACAAGAGAACGUAAAAGGUUACCAAAUCUAUGUACUCCGGAUGUCAGUGAAAGUUUCAAUUUUUUCACUGAAAGAAAAUUCCUGGCGAAUUUUUGGAGGAGAAGUAGAUGACUUCAGGGCUGGCGUCAAGAGGGCAACCUUUCUGAAUGGAGCACUUCACUGGCGUUUUGCUAGUCAUAUUUACGGUUUUGAUUUAGCAAAGGAAACAUUCUUCAAGAUUCAAUUUCCAGCUAGUUGUGUCCCCCCCUUUGAUAAGGGGUUGGGGGUUCUCAAUGGUUGUCUUUGCUUCCUCAAAGCUCCUGAUUACGACCCUGAGAUAGGGGUAAUGGAGGAAUAUGGGAACCCUGAAUCUUGGACUAAACUAUUGCUUUGUGAUUUUGAUUGUCGUGAUAUCCUCAGGCUUUGUUAUUUUCCUGGUGGACUUUAUAACUAUCAUGAACAUUUCCCUGUUUCCCAUGCACUACUCUGCAUUUCAAAAGACGAUGAUGGCAGAUUUGUAUUAAUAGAUGAUGCUCGGGAGAACAUUACUCGAAAGGAUUGUCAUCUGUAGUGACCCAACUGCAAAGCGUGAGGCAGUUGUAUAUACUGAAAGCUUAGUUUCGCCAAGCAAUACACAUGAUUAAUGAACUCCCCAUUCAAGGAUUUUGCUGCUUUUGAUUUCAGUAUAGCAGCUUCUGAUUAUUGCAUUAAACCUAUCCUCUUCAA